AUGCCCUCGAGAUUACGAGCUUCGCCGGAAAAGUCCAUUCUAGCCACACCAAACAGCAAGCAAGGACGUCGCAAAUCCGUUGUUUUCUCGAAUGACACUAAAAAGCAAGACGGAGACAGCGCUCAAACCUAUUUCCAAGCCUGGGCAAACGACGAGCUCGAUUACUACGCCCAGAAAGCCGCAGACUACGACGCUGCUGAAGCCGCGAAGACAGCAGAGACCGGAAGACCUGUGGACACCAUAAAGUUUGAUACAGCCCAGCCAGAGAUCUCUCAGGAAGCCGAACUUGCACCCAACCAAACAAAGACUGAAGAGGAGGUAGAGAAGAGCCCGGUCAAGGAGGACAAGAAGAAGUCAAAGGCCGAGAAGAAAGCCGAAAAGAGGGAGAAGCAGGAACAGCAGAGACUGGCCGCAUACAAGAACGACACGACGCAAGCCGCUUCCGAUUCUUCUACACCCGUAGUAAAGAAGCCCAAAGUCCGCACGCCAAAGGACACCACAAACAAACCCGUUCCCGAAUACGUCCGCUAUCUUGAGCAGUACCACACCGACCGACCUUCUUGGAAAUUCAACAAGUCCAAGCAGAACGAUUUGCUCAAGAACAUCUGGAAUAUCUACCGCGUCCCCCUAUCUUGCAACGAAGCCCUGGUCGAAUACCUCGACGGACUGCAAGGAGCAGCGGCACGCCAACGUCUGCGCCAGACAGCUCAAUCUGCAAACAUCGACAUUGUAGCAUUCAUCCGCGCGGAGAUCCCUGAAGUCAAGGACGAGCCUAUGGAGACCGCCGAGGCUAGAAAGGCCGCCUACGACGGCGCUCUUCGCAGGCAAGCCGAGAAGCUUCGCAAUGCGGGCAUCGAUCCCAACCCAGAGAGGACCAAGAGGAUCCAAGAACAAAAGGACUACGAUGAACGUGUUCAAACAGUCUACAACACUAUGAGCAAGGGCGAACCUCAAAACUCUGCUAGACCCACGCCUAAGAAGGGAGAGCCUAAGGUCUCUGCACGCAAGAAGAGAAAGUCGAGAACUGACAUCUCUGAGACCGAGAGCAGCGACAGUGACAGCAGUGAUAGCGACAGCAGCGAGAGCGAGAGCGAGAGCGAAAGUGAGAGUGAGAGCGAGGAAGAGGAGGAGAAACCUGUGGUGAAGAAGGCCGUGGCAGAGAAGGCUAAGAAAGAAGACUCCUCGGACUCGGAAAGUAGCGAAAGCGAGAGCGAGAGCGAGAGCGAGGAGGAAAAGCCUGCUGCCGCAAAGAAGGUCGAAAAGCCUGUUGCAGAGAAGACCAAGAAGAGAAAGACAAGGGACUCCUCCGACUCGGAAAGCAGCGACAGCGAUAGCGACGAUGAGCCCGCAUCAAAGAAGGCCAAGAUCGCUAAGCUCAAGGCCCAGCUCGCAGAGGCAAAGAUUGCAAAGCUCAAGGCCGAACUUGCAAAGGUCAAGGCUGAGACCGGCAAGAAGUCAUCGAGCAAGAAGAAGUCGGACAAUUCAGAGUCUGAAUCCAGCGACGACUCCCCGCCUGAGGACUCAGACAGCGACGACAGCGAUUGAAGUGAUUGUCAACCUCCUCUUGUUCGAUUUGUCUAUCCUCCCAACCACAAACACACCUCUCACUUAUCAUUCAACUGCACAUUAUGGUCUACCAUCAACAUGCACGAGAGCAACCCUACAGCGAACUCUGCUCAUGUCAAUCUCUUCGAUCAUCGCAUCCCUUGGUGGGGAUCUCUCACUCGGGAAGCUAGAAUGAAUCUACGCCAUAACGUUUGUCAAUUGAGAGCUCAAAUCUCGACUUGGAUACAAGCGCUAUGACCGACACAACCGUCUACUGCUUAUUCAAUAGAUCACCCAUCAAGACUAUAUCCGUAGUAAAGCACAGCU